AUGUCCAGGCAAAACCGAGAUGUUGAGUUAGCUCGCCUGGUGCACGACAAGCCACUUGGCCAUCGAAGCGCCUCCCCUUCCCGCCACUGCAUAGUUGAGCAGUUGCCGAAUGUCCCCAGCUACCGCAUCGCUGCUACCUCCCGCAUCCCCGUCCUGAUCUCCAGAAAGCAAAAGGCUGGUGUGACGAACCCCAGUUUUUUGAAAGAAGAAUCAUCCCUCUCGCGACCCCGGGGAUGGCCAUCAGGAAGAUACCCCACUGUGAACAUCCAGAAUGUGGAUUCAAAGAAUGGCUCUUCGGGGCUACCCACACUUGCCCACCGCGCUCGACCGUCACCCCAAAGCAAAUCCCACACCCUCACUGUGCCAGUUGUGCCCGUGGCUCCCAAGAGGCGGAAACCCUCCUCCCAAGAGGACAGCGUGGAGCAACUGAGGGUGCCAACUGCAAGCCAGUCUCUAAUCAACGCGUGGCCGGACCGGUCCAGUCCAGAGAGAAACGAGCAGACUGAUUUGCCAGAACGCAGCAGCUCAGCCACAAGCCAGAGUAGCGCGGUUAUCAACGACCGCCUACAAGAACUGGUGCGGCUCUUUAAGGAUCGGACGGAGAAAGUGAAAGAGAAGCUGAUUGACCCUGACGCCUCCUCUGAUGAGGAAACCCCCGUGCCGUCACCUUCCAAAGAGAGUGCUCCAGAGGAAAAAGGGGAAGAAGCCGAGAAAAACGAAGAGGAGCAUUACUGUGAAAUGUGCUGCUGCAAAUUCAAGCAUCGGCCGUUGCUCUUCCGCGUGAAAAGAUGCCGUUUCCCCAGCAGUAUUGAUCCCCUGACCGAUUUGAUGUACGUGUUCUGGCUCUUCAUUGUGGUUCUGGCGUGGAAUUGGAACUGCUGGCUCAUCCCAGUCCGCUGGGCUUUCCCUUACCAAACUCCUGCAAAUGUCCACUACUGGAUGGUUGUGGACUAUCUCUGUGACCUCAUCUACCUUCUGGAUGUCACCAUUUUUCAGGUCCGCCUGCAGUUUGUCCAAAGAGGAGAUAUCAUAACUGAUAAAAAGGCCAUGAGAAAGAACUACCUGAAGUCACGUCGCUUCAAGUUGGACGUGAUCUGCCUUCUGCCACUGGAUUUCCUAUACUUCAGAGUGGGAGUGCAUUCCCUCUUGCGUCUGCCUCGCUGCUUAAAGUACAUGGCUUUCUUCGAGUUUAACAAUCGGCUUGAAGCUAUUCUGAGCAAAGCCUACAUAUACAGAGUGAUAAGGAUCACAGCCUACCUGCUCUUCAGCUUACAUGUGAACUCCUGUUUGUAUUACUGGGCAUCUUCCUCCCAGGGGCUGGGCUCUACCCCAUGGGUCUACGAUGGGGAAGGAAACAGUUAUAUCCGCUGUUAUUACUGGGCUGUCAAGACUUUAAUAACAAUUGGAGGACUGCCUGAUCCGCACACCCUCUUUGAGAUCAUCUUUCAGCUACUCAAUUACUUCACAGGCGUCUUUGCUUUCUCAGUUAUGAUAGGUCAGAUGAGAGAUCUUGUGGGUGCUGCUACAGCUGCACAGACGUACUACCGGAGCUGCAUGGACAACACCAUCAAAUAUAUGGCUCUCUACAAAAUCCCCCAUUCUGUUCAGAAUAGAGUCAAAACGUGGUAUGAAUACACAUGGCACUCCCAAGGCAUGCUGGAUGAAUCGGAGCUGCUGAUGCAGUUGCCUGACAAGAUGAAAUUGGACAUUGCUGUUGAUGUGAACUAUGACAUCGUUAGCAAGGUGCCGCUCUUCCAGGGUUGUGACCGGCAAAUGAUUUUUGACAUGUUGAAGAGGCUCAGAUCCGUCGUUUAUUUACCCAAUGACUACGUGUGCAAAAAGGGGGAAAUCGGCCGAGAGAUGUACAUCAUUCAAGUUGGGCAGGUCCAAGUGCUUGGAGGACCUGAUGGGAAAACGGUGCUUGUGACUUUGAAAGCUGGAUCUGUGUUUGGAGAAAUAAGCUUGUUGGCCGUGAGAGGUGGAAAUCGGCGCACAGCCAAUGUUGUGGCACAUGGAUUUACUAACCUGUUCAUUUUGGAAAAGAAAGAUUUGAAUGACAUUUUGGUUCAUUAUCCAGAGUCUCAGAAACUGCUGCGGAAAAAAGCCAGGAGAAUGCUGAAAAACAACAGCAAACCCAGAGAUGAAAAAGGCAUGCUGAAAGAUGUACUCAUAAUUCCUCCCAGAGCUGGGACACCGAAACUCUUCCAAGCUGCUUUAGUUGCUGCGGGCAGGAUGGGAGGCAAAGGAAGGCUGGCUCAUAUCCGAUGGAAACUGAAAGAGCUGAAGGCCAUGCAGGCUGCCAGUUCCACUCCAGUCCUACCUAAAUCACCAACUGGUUCCCAGAAAUCAGAUGACGGCAGGACCGAGAAGGUCAUCUCAAAGUGUUCCGAUCACUCUGUUCGGAUCUGCAUGAGUCCAGCUCCCAAAGGCGAUGAGCAAAUUCUCUCUGUAGAGGCUUUAGACAAGGACGACGCUAAGUAGAAAAACCCACGUGACUAACCAGCAUGUGACACAUAGAAGAUCCCGGUCCCAAAAAUGGCACCGUACUGACGGUGGAUCACAUUAGUUUGGGCCUUUCAGCCAGUCAAAAGGUUGUCUCUAACGCUGUGCUGUUAGAAGAAACAGCUGCUGCAAAUUAAUCCUUUUAAAAUAGGAACUAGAAACCUUUGUACACCUAAAAUCCAUUUUACUGAGACUUUAAACGAACUGCUGCUAAAAUCCAAAGGGAUCUGCAACCUUAGAGCAAGGGAACCUUGCAUUAAGCAAUAGUGGCUUUUUAAAGAUUCUAAAUGUUUAGAGAACUGUUUAUUUGCUUUAAAUAUCCCAUAGUUUCACCCAUUGCCAAUGUCUCCUCCUUUAACAAGGUGAAUCAAGGUAGUUUGGGGAAAAGUUUAAGGAAGAAGGUGCAAUUGAG